GUGGAAGGGGUUUCAAAGGGGAAUAUAAACACACAAAGGCAAAUACUUUGAAGGUGGUUGUUAUGCUCCUCAUUCACUAGCCGCGGCGCUAUUUGCAUAUUUGCUUUUAUGCUAAAUCAAUCGCAAAUAAAAGGUGCAGUCAAAUGAACUGAUCGCAAGAAGAACCUCCACAUAUUAAACCAAUUGCAACUUCAAACAAGAAUAUGUUGUAGUGGAUGAUCAAUCUGCUUAUUCCAGAAUCACCGGGAGAGUCCCGCCGUCUCCUGCAGCAUCUUUAUUGCUGCGAUAGAUGUUCAAUGAUUAGCAUAGUACAGAAAAUAGAGUUCAACCCAUUGAAGGCAGUAUGGCUUAGCAUAAGCACGACACUAAAUCUAGCCUGAAUAGAAUCCACUGGGAGCGGGUGUCUAACGACGUCAACGCA